AGAAGAUAUGCCUUGCUUCAUCUUGUGCAAACUGGUUUUCUAAAUAGAAUUAAGGCAGCAACUCAAGGAUUCAACCCUACUAACUAUGACCUUUCUAGUUACAUUAGUGGAGCAUCAUUAGAUUAUAACUUAAAGAAGUACUUGAAGGAUAACUUUCAGAAGUUCCUAUGAGGGUUAUGGAACAAGCUAGUGAAAAUUCAAGAUUGACUUGGAGAUUGGAGGUAGUAAAAACAUUUUUAGAAACUUGUAUUCAAGAAGUGUCAUUGAAUGGGAGACAAGGAAGUAGUUUGAAGCUAGAUUGAUGGAACAAGGUUAAGGUUGUUCUGCAAACUUCUCAUGACUUUAUAGUCACACAAAAGAAGAUGAAGAACCAUUAUGAUUAUCUAAAAGAAAAAUAUCAAGCUUGGUUGCCAAUAACUAAAAAGACUGGUAAUAUUUAUGAUCCAGCAACCAAUACCAUUCUAAUGUCUAACGAGGAGUGGGAUGAGUACAUAAAGGCUCAUCCAAAAGCCAAGACAUUGAGGAGUGCACCUCUACCCUUUUCGGAACUUUGUACAACAUUAUUUGAGGGUUCUACUGCAACAGGAAUUCAUGGUUGGAGUCCAAGUUGUACUACUCCGCGGCCCGGUGCCUCUUCUGUAUCUACUAAUAGAGAUAUAGAUUCACUUGAUGACAUUGAGGAUCUACUUGGUGACAAAAAUAAAGGAGCUUCUAAAGAUUCUCCAUCUCAAUCUUCAAUCCCAAUUGAAAAAAAGAAUUUGGGAAAGAAAAGAAAAAAUGCAUCGUCCCGAUUAGAAAUUGAUGAGAAGAUGAGUGCUGCAUUGGAGUUACUGAUUAACAAAAACAAUGGACCUGAUGUUGAAGAAUGUAUAGAAAAACUAGACAGGCUUGGAUGGGAAGAGCCAUUGUACUCUGCAGCUCUUAGUAUAUUUUGUGAAGGUGAUAGCUACACAAAAACAUGGAUGAAACUGUGAGGGGUCGACAAAUUAGAGAAUUAUGUCAGAACCAUGGGGAAAAAUUUGGGAAUUCUUUAAUUUUUCUAAUUAGCUAGUAUCUAUGUUAGAUGCAGAUUUUAUGGAAUCUAGUCUUUUUUUUUUUAAUUAUAACCUCCGGAACUUUGUAGU